GCAAACAUGGCCGACCACCACGACGACCUACACGCCGAGCAGACCGAGGGCUUCAAGGUGGGCGAGAAGAAGACCAUUGACGAGUACCAGAAGCUGGACCAGAACGACGAGUCCCUCCAGAAGUGGAAAGCCUCUCUCGGUCUUGGUCAAGGCAAGGACAUCUCCGACCCCAACGACCCCCGCAAAUGCAUCAUCCUCUCGCUUGGUCUCGAAGUCGAGGGCCGUGAGGACAUCAUCAUCGACCUGCGAUCGCCCGGUGCCGUCGAGGCGCUCCAGAGCAAGCCCUUCACUAUCAAGGAGGGUGCCACGUUCCGCAUGAAGGCCCAGUUCAAGGUGCAGCACGAGAUCUUGGCAGGAUUGAAGUACCUCCAGAAGGUGUCACGCAUGGGAGUCAGCAGCAAGAUGCAGGAAAUGAUGGGUUCAUACGGUCCUAGCACCGAGGAGAAGCCAUUCUACGAGAAGAAGUUCGAACCCGAAACUGCUCCCUCCGGCAUGCUCGGCCGUGGCCACUAUGAGGCCGUCUCCAAGUUCGUCGACGAUGACAACCACACCCACCUGCAGUUCAAGUGGUCUUUCGACAUCAAGAAGGACUGGAACUAAGCUCAAGUCGACUGAGCAAGCGUUGGAAAGGGACGGGAUUUGGAGGAAUUGCUGCGUUGGAUAUCCCGGGCAAACUGGUGCCCGCAAAAUAACGAAAUGACGGCUGAUGAUAUAGAUGAGCUCUAGGUCGAUUGGGUCAACAUCUGCGAGAUCUUUAUAGCAAUCUUGCGACU